AUGGGUCUUGGAAUUCUCGAAGACCGCCAUCUCGACCAUGUCCCGGGCACGGCGUUGCUCGCGGAUAUGUUAGAUGCGCAACAUCAUCAAUUUCACGGGCGAGAUACUUCUGGUUUGAAACAUGCCACCGGACGCAAUGCAGACAUAGUUCUUGUCCCUCAACCCAGUGAGUCUCCCAGAGACCCACUGAAUUGGCCCAGAUGGAAAAAGGAUCUUCUCUUGCUCAUCAUCAGCAUCGACACUGCUGUGGUUGGCGCGUGGGGACCUAUGAUCUCUCCGGGGUUUGCCGAAAUGGCCAAAGAAUGGCACAUGUCCUACAACAAGCUCAACGGCGGGCUGGGGUGGGCCAUCUUUGCCAUCGGCAUCUCCUGCUUCAUCACCAACGGACUUUCAGUCAAAUACGGCCGUCGACCCGUCGUCAUCCUGGGGAACCUGCUCUUGUUCAUCUCUUCGAUCUGGGGAUACUUUGCGCACAGUUACCACAGCUUACUUGCAAGUCGGAUCUUCGGUGCCAUCGGAAUGUCACCCUUUGAGGUUCUCACGACGGCAAUUAUUGGCGACAUCUACUUUGUCCAUGAACGGGGUUUGCGUCUGGCCUUCUGGGGUUUAUGCUUGAGUAUCGGAGUUGGCGGAGGCAGCUGUAUCUCAGGUUACAUUAUUCAGGACAUCGGCUGGAAUUGGACCUACGGCAUCUGUGCAUGCUUGUACGGGGCAUUCAUCAUUUUGAUCCUCCUUUUCGUGCCCGAGACCGUGUACAAGAGAGAUCCGGCCUACAACCUUGACUUGGGAACGACCGACCGCACUUUCGAGACGUUGGAUGUGCGUGAGGUCAAGGGCGAACACAUGGAACACCUCGAGACGACCAAAUCCGGCAGCAAAAUUCACACCGAAGUGCUGUACACGGGUGCCGAUGAACGACCCUGGACAUUCUGGGAAGAGAUGCGUCUAUGGCGCGGCUCUGAGUCAGAUGAGAACUUGCUGUACAUCAUUUUUCGACCGUUUGGCAUGCUCCUGUUUCCACAGGUGCUUUACGGCUUCAUUACUUACGGGUUGUCGACAUCGUGGCUGGUGGUUAUGAUUUCCGUGCUGGCGCAGCUCUUCACGGGUCCUCCUUACAACUUCAGCGUGUCGGACGUCGGCCUCAUUAGCAUUGCGGCACUGGUCGCCUCGUUGGUGGGAUUUGUGGCCGGACCGCUGAAUGACUGGACAGUGAAGAGGCUCGCCCGAUGGAACGGAGGGAUCUAUGAACCGGAAUUCCGCCUCGCCCUUAACGUCCUCACUCUGAUCCUGGGAGUUGUUGGCUUCUUCGGGUUCGGCGCCACACUCGAAAACGAAGCACCCUGGGCUGGCCCCGUGGUGCUCUACGGCAUCAUCUACUUCGCCAUGUCGUUCCUCAACAUUGGUAUCUACGGCUACAUCACGGAAUGUCAUCGGAACAAGGCGCCGGAAGCAUUCGCCUCGCUCAACUUGCGCAACAUCUACAGCUUCGGCAUGAACUAUUUCAUCAGCGACUGGAUCAGCAAGCAAGGUCCCCUCCAAGUCUUCUCGAUCAUCGGCGGCCUUCACAUCUUCAUCUGCCUGCUCACCAUUCCGAUGUGGAUCUUCGGUAAGCGAUGCCGGAGCUUUACGGCGCGAAAUCCCAUCUUCCGCAAGAUCCAGGAGUCUUAG